AUGUUACAUUGUGUCAAGGAGGCGCAACAAUACGAAAAGGAAAUUUAUUACAAGUUUAUCGCAAAAUGCAGCACAUUAUUUGGAAGUUCUAUGGUAUGUAUGUACCUGUGCCUUUCUAGUUUUGUGCUAGGACCUGCAUUUUUGCCGGUUUCUUUCCCAUUUGAAACGGAAUAUCCGUUUCGCGUUAAUUAUACACCAAUGUAUGUUAUCAUAUAUAUGCACGAGGCUUUUGUCGCCUAUCGUUGCUCUGCUCAUGGAUGUCUAAACAUAUUUGGUGCGCUCCUACUUUGGUUCACGGCUGCAAGAUUGGAAUGUUUAGCUAUAGAAAUGAAACAAACUACAAAUGUACGCAAAAGAAGUGAUGAGGAUUUUUCGUUUCAUUGUACUUUAUGUUGUAGGAAUGAGCACGUUUGCUCUUACUUUAUGUGGCAUUAUUUUUCUUACGAGCAUACAUGUUUCACGAAGUGUGUAUGACACGAUGUGGUAUAAACAGACAUUACAUAUG